GAAGGGGAGGCUGUGGCCAGCUCUGAGCAAGACAGACUCCUCGGCCAGCGCGGUGGGGGGUGGCCGGCCGGGGACUCGGCGACACCGAGCGGGUCAGAGCGGGCUCGUCGCCAACGCAGUCACGUGUGCGGCCCCUCCUCUCGCGUCUGCCUCCCCCGCGCGCCGCGCUUUCCAUUCAUAAAUUCUCCGCUUGCUCCGCGGCUACCGAGCGUCGGAGCCAGCCGGGAGCGCCGCGCAGCCGCCCGCCUGCCGCCCAUGGGCCGCGCGCCCCGGCGCUGAGGUAGGCAGGAGAGGGAACCUAGGAGCUCCAGCUGAGAAAGCCCCACCCCUCCUCCUAGCCUCAAAAUGCAGCCCACAGCCACCAUGGCCACGGCAGCCACCACCACCACUGCCACUGUCGCCCUGACCACGACGUGGGAUAACGCUACGGGUCAACCCACUCAGGUGGAGCCUGAAGACCCAGUCCUGGACAACUACGUGCUACUGGUGGUGGUGACGGCGCUCUUUGUCGGGGGCACACUUGUGGUGCUGUCCGGCGCGCUACUGCUCUGCAAGCGCUGCUGGGAGGUCCACCGGCGCCUCCACAGAGCCACAGAGGAAGCAGAGAAGACCACCACCACCUAUCUGGACAAUGGCACCCACCCUGCCCAAGACCCUGACUUCAGGGGCGAGGAUCCUCAGGGCCAGGAUGCUGAGACUGAGCGCUUCCUGUCCACCAGCUCCACGGGCCGCCGGGUGUCCUUCAACGAGGCCGCCCUGUUUGAGCAGAGCCGGAAGGCACAGGACAAGGGCCGCCGGUACACCCUGACGGAGGGGGACUUCCACCACCUGAAGAAUGCCCGCCUCACGCACCUGCACCUGCCACCCCUCAAGAUCGUCACCAUCCACGAGUGUGACUCGGGGGAGGCCAGUGCAACCGCCACACCCCACCCCACAGCUACCCCCAAGGCCAGCCUCGCCAUUUUCCAACCCCCGGGGAAGGCCCUCACCGGCCGCUCUGUGGGCCCCAGCUCCGCCUUGCCAGGUGACCCCUACAACUCGGCCGUGGGGCCUGCUGACUUCGAGAUCAGCCCCUCAGCAUCCAGUGACUCCGGGGAAGGCACUUCGUUGGAGGCGGGUGCCAGGAGCGCCAAGCCUGGUGGGCCAGGGGCUGCGGCAGGGCCCGGGGAGGCGGGCCCCGUGCUACAGUUCUUCACCCGACUGAGGCGCCAUGCCAGCCUGGAUGGGGCUAGUCCCUACUUCAAGGUCAAAAAGUGGAAGCUGGAGCCCAGCCAGCGGGCAUCCAGCCUGGACACAAGAGGCUCCCCCAAGCGGCACCACUUCCAGCGGCAGCGGGCCGCCAGCGAGAGCAUGGAGCAGGAGGAGGGGGGCGCCCCCCAGGCCGACUUCAUUCAGUACAUCGCCAGUGCAGGAGAUGCAGUGGCCUUCCCAAGCCCCCACCCCUUUCUGACCAGCCCUGCCAGCUCGCCCCCCGCUCUCGGCAGGCUAGAGGCAGCCGAGGAGGUGGGCGCCGCGGGAGGAUCCAGCCCCGAGUCCCCCCCCCCAGAGCGCAGCAGCAGCAGCAUGGGGCCUGGGCAGCAGCAAGAGUCAGAUGGUGAGCGAGAUGCAGGGCCGGAGCAGGCCCAGACCAUCUACCGCGACAUCUGGAGCCUGCGCGCUUCGCUCGAGCUGCAUGCAGCCACCGCCUCAGACCACAGCAGCAGCGGCAACGACCGCGACUCCGUGCGUAGCGGCGACAGCUCGGGCUCGGGCUCCGGAGGCACCGUACCCGUCUUCCCUCCACCUUCACCGCCACCCACACCGCGCCCAGCGGAGAGCGAGGCAAGUGGGCCGCGCAAGCUGCUGCAGAUGGACAGCGGCUACGCCAGCAUCGAGGGCCGCGGUGCGGGUGAUGAGGGGCCUCCCAGCGCGCCAGAGAAACGCUCCUCCUUCACGAGCGCGGGCCACGAGGCCACCGUGGGCGGCAGCUUCGAGGGGCCCAUGCCAGAGGUGCUCUCCCGACCACGCAGCCCGCGCGCCUGGCCCCGCCGCGCCCCACGCCGGGACUACAGUAUUGACGAGAAGACGGAUGCACUUUUCCAUGAGUUCCUCCGCCAUGACCCGCACUUCGAUGAUGCCCCGUCUGCAGCAGCACGCCACCGCGCGCGUGUGCAUCCCCACACGCGCAAGCAGUGGCAGCAGCGGGGUAGGCAGCACAGCGACCCUGGUGCGCGAGCUGCGGCCCCAGCCCCCUCUGGGGCACCAACCGGCGCCCCCCGCCCUGCGCGCGCACCCCUGCGCCGCGGGGACAGCGUCGAUUGCCCGCCAGAAGGCCGCGCAGGAGAGGACCCAGCUGCCCUCGCCAUCCCCGUCAUCGAGGAGGAGCCCGGCGGCGGCUGCCCAGGCUCUGGCCUGUGCACCGGGCCUCAGGGCGCUCUCCUGGACAAGCUGGCAGUCAGCCUCGACGACAGACUCUUCCCGCCGCGCCUGGCCCAGCCUGUCGCUGUGGCCCCUGCGCUGGCCGCAGCCGCGCCCACAUCCCCCGACCACAGCCCCGUCUAAGUCUGUGUCCUGCGCCCACCUCGUCAGCUUAUACAGCACCGGCGGGGCCUUGGCACCGGACACACCUGGGGCGCGACGCCCUGGUGCGCAUGCGCUGGGACUGGGGGCCUCGCGCACAAAGCAGUGCCCCAGGCGCCCCGUGCCGCCCUAGGAUGCGCACGCACACAGUUCAUACCGGGCACUUAGCUGGGUCGACUAGAGGGAGUGUGGCGGAUUUUCAUCUUCAGACUCCUGAAGACCACGUUCCACUUCCCUUGGUCCCGGACAGCGACCUCGAGCUGGUGACUGAACGUAGCACACACCACUGCCGCGUCUCGGGCCCAUGGCGAUGGGAAGCGCAUGCGCAGCGCCUGCAUCCUAGAGGGGCGAUGCACAGCAACUGCGCUAGACGCAUGCGCAGAGAGCCCCCUCCCAGGACCAAUUGGGCCUCGAGGUGCGCCAGAGUCGGCGCCAGGGCACAAGCACAGUGACUGCGGGGUGCCGAGGACCCUUGAAGAAUGCAUCCGCCCUGGGCUAGGAGGUUGGCCCAAGACCGCGGCCGCCAACCCCUUGAAGCCGUUUACCUCACCGCGGCGAGUGCUCGCAGCAGUCCGCGCCCCCUCCAAGCAAUAACCGCAUCUGCUGCUGCCAUCCCCAGCCCUAGAUACACCCUCCAGCCCUCCUCCCAGUGUCUGCAUCCCGACGCUCGCCCUCUGCAUGUUGGGUGGGCCGCACGCCCCUACUGCAUCAUCCAAAGAGCCGCUAGGACUCACCAGUGUUUCAGACACAAAAUCCAAACGAUCAAGGUUUCAAGUUUCCCAAGCUUUAUUUAUUGCCAAAAGAUGGGGCAGCCCUCGCCAGCGGCCGAGUCGCCCUGCCCCGUCCCUUCCUUCGAAGCUUCGCACUGUCAGUGUGCCAUCCAGUGAUGGAGUUUGUGUUUUGUUUUCUGGUUGAUUAUAUUUACUGCAUACUC